CCUGUAUCAACAUUCAUAUAAAUUACCAAAAGUGUAUUCAAGAUGAUACAGACAUGAUAAGAAUAUUAUUGUUAAAUUCAGAGUGACAUUUGUGAUACUUUUAGUGCGUAGGAUAUACUCAGGAAUGCGGUAAAAUGAAGACCUUCCGAUCUUCACUGCUGCUUCUCAUUCCCUUUGCUUACGGGGGCCUUUUGUUCAACUCUGACAAGAUCCUGGUGAACAUAGGUGACAUUGUGACACUAGACUGUAUCAAUAGUCUUAAGGCAAAUGGAAUUCAAAUCACAUUUAACAACAAAUUUGUUGGUGCAUAUGAACCUAUAUUCUCUCAAGUAACGAACAAUAAUCCCUCGAAAUAUGGCGUCACUAAGACAUUAAGUGCCUCAGGCUAUGUGUUGCAUCUCACAGUUAUAAAUUUCUCAAACUCUGACAUCGGACAAUAUGUUUGCAGAGACACCGUUACAGUGGAAGAACAGUCAGUUUCCCUUGACAAACGAGUUCAAAUAACCCGCGUUACCCUGACGCCAGCCAACAACCCUCUGCUUUUGAUAGAGAACCGAACACGUCAAAUACAAUGUCAAACUGACGUUGGACGACCUGCUGCCACUGUAAGUUGGUUUAAGGGAGGAACAAACAUAACUUCGCAUGCCGAAAGCUCUACCGUGAAUGACAUCACCAUAAGCCGGCUGCAUCUAACUCCUAAUAAAACAGAUCAAAGUAGUGUUCUCUUCUGUACAGCAAAUAACGGGGGAGAUGUAAGAACAUCGGCGAAAACAACUUUGGAUGUGCUCUACGGACCCACAGUGCCUGUGUGUAUCUACGCUGGAUCGUUUGUCAUAGGUCCAUUGUUUGUCCGCGAAGGACAGGUGUUUACACUUAAUUGCUCCAGCUCUGGAAACCCAGCUCCGAGCAUUGAAUGGAUUCCUCCCGGGAUGGUAACGUCAAAAUCCUUAACACUGGACGGCAUUAGCAGCGACAACGACGGCGUGUUUACCAUCAGAGCCAAAAAUGUGCUACAGCCUACGUCACUCCUUGCAGAGUCAAUGAGUAAUACUGCCACUGUGACAGUCACUGUAUACUACCCGCCAGCCAAACCUAGCCUUCACUUUCGGAUUUGCCGUGGUGACGCAAUUGAAGUGACGUCAUCUGUAAAGGUUAUGAAAGGUCAUUCGGUAGAAAUCACGUGUUCUACAAGCAGUAAUCCUCCCUCCACCUACAGAUGGUCCAGCCACCAGACAGAACAAAAUAACGUUAUGGCAAUAGCUGAGGCAGACACUUCGCAUCAAGGGUCGUAUACGUGCUAUGUGGAAAACACCAUGAUGCCGACGUUUGGGGAUCCAGUUUCUAUGUCGAACUCAAGGACGAUCAAUAUAACUAUUCUAUACCCUCCUUCGGUUUCCACAAUAAACAACAUAACGGUUUUGGAGGGUCUCAAUGCAUCAGCGCAAUGUAAGUUCAAACCUGGAUAUCCGACGGAGACGCAGAUCAAAUGGACAAGAUCAAGUGAUGCACAUGUCGUCAGUAUGUCACAGACUCUCUUCAUUUCUGCGAUUAGUCGAUCACAAGCCGGCUUGUACAGGUGUACAGCUUUAAACGUUAUGGAGCCUACUGGAUGUAACACGACAGUUGGGGCCGGGAACUCUGAUGUAUUCGUAGAUGUACAGUACGGGGCGUCAAUAACAGACUUUGAAAUAACAAAUUUUGAAGGUACGGAUGUGAUGGAAAUAAAUGAAAACUUUCGCGUUCCCUUUCAUUGUGGUGUAGAUAGUAACCCUGGGUCACAAAUUGGGAUACUAAAAGAUGGUCUACAUCAGAAACAAGUGAGUAAUGCACAAGGUCUCAGUCACGUGAUCGAGAGAAGUAAAUGUGAAGAUGACGGAAUCUACACGUGUACGGGUCAAAACAUCCACAACUCCGCCCCUGUUAUGAGGACGUUAACAGUUUUUGUCAGAUGUGCUCCGCGUCCUUCUACAGUUUCGCCACCAGAUCGGAAUGUGACCAGCGCUUUUGGCGUACCGGCCAUUUUGACCUUUAACUUGGUAGCCUAUCCGCGCCCUAACAUAACAGACUUCCUAUGGGAGAAAGAAAGCGCGUCGGGGAAUGGGUGGACACUGAUGCAUAACACAAAGAACGUGGAAAUAGUUGGCUCAAUGGACAGGUUAAAAACAAGCAUAAUUUUCAUCAGAUUACAGAACGACGAUUUGGGGUGUUAUAGAGUAAAUGUGAGCAAUGAUCUAGGACGUACGUCAUACAUAUUCCAUCUUCAAGCACAAGAGGUUCCAGACGCUCCACAUAAUUUACACGUUUACGAUGAUGUAACCAAGUCAUCCGUGACCAUUGCCUGGACCCCGGCGGUUGCCGGCGGAAUUCGACAUACAUUCGUUGUGCAAUACAGACAAGUAUCAAGCUCCAAAUGGAUGGAAGACGUAGUCGCAUAUGAUCGAUACAAUCACACUCUCAGAUGCCUCACACCAGGCACUACGUAUGAGCUGAAGGUGUAUGCUGAAAACGACAUUGGGCGAUCUCGCGGAUCAAUCCCGAUACAAGUGACUACGCUGACCGAUCCAGGUACGUUCUGUCCAAGUGAUGCUCCUGUUAUUGGCGGUGCUGUUGGUGGAAGUAUCGGAGCGGUGGUGGCCAUAGUUGUGGCCGUUUUUAUUCUUAGACGGAAGUACACAAUGAAUUGCACCAUUGCAAGAAAAACGGAUGAUCCUGCUGGAGAAUCCGUAUCCGGUAGAAACAAUCCUGCAAACAAGGCGGCUCAGACGUACGAGGAAGUGUCCAUGACGACUGCGGAAACAUCGGUUUACGACGCUCUAAAGGAUUGGGAAAACAGACCGAACAGUGCGCAUGUGUAUACGCCGUUGGAUGCGUCCACUUUAAAGUCCAACUUAAACUACGAAAAUAUGAAGAACGAGAAUCCCGUUUACAACAACACGGCACUGAACAACCCAGUACAAAUGAUGCCUUAAGAGAAACAACCUCGGUCAAUACAUGACGAGUUGACGACCUUUUAGUAAAAAUACCAGACCAAUCCCGAGCCAUUUCAAGCUCAAACGUUGUAAGAGGGUGCGAACACAUAAAUGAUACAGUGUUUUUAUGUUUGUAUGUGAACUUCGUAAUCUUCAGUUUUUAUGCGGGUCUUAUCUUGACCUUUCAUAAGCAAGAAACAUAAACAGAUGGGAAAGUUUGCUUACGAAAGAAUACAAAUAAUGAAAUUGUUUGCAUUUAUUACAUGAUUAGAAAAAAGAGCAUGCUUAAGAAUAUGAUAUGCGCAUUCUCCUUAUCAUUAUUACAUGUGUAAUCAAUCAUGCUACUGAUUUGCUAUUGCUUGUUAUAUUAUUACCCAUGUCCGAUAGUUAUUUUCAUAAUUUACAACUAUUCUUUAUUCAUGUUAUAACUAUUAUUAAACUUAGGUUGCGUCUGAAAAUAACUUACAAAUACAAAAAUCAACUUACUCCAAGCAUAAGAAUAUAUGUAUUAAAUAAUCACUUUUAGAAUGACUGUUACAGUAUUGUAUGUGUACUGGAAAAUGCAAGGAGUAAUAGUAUAUUGAACCAAUGCACACACACUGUGGUUUUAACGUCAUACGGAUGUUACGUUGUUCGCGACAUAAUUUACUUAUAUUCUAGACUACAGUUCAGCAGCGGACAAAAAAGCGGGCGAUACGGGUAACAAAACCAUGAUUGUAUUUCUGGAGACCGGCAUUUCUCGCAUAAUUCAUUGAUCGAUAUUUCCCGAUUAUGACCAGUAAGACCGAUUAAAUUGCCUGAGCCAAUUAGCAGUCAUUAUCAGCCAGUAGGCGGAGAUUACCUCAUAACUGGCAAUGCUUGUUGUGUCCGCGUCUUCGUCGACAAAGUUUUGUUUUAAUCUAUAACUUUUAAACACUACUAUUUAUAGUCUUUAAACGUAAUAUGAUUGGUGAUGAUCAGUUAAUGACCGCUAUUGGUUUUUGGGGUCAAACGCUCGAGGGUCAAAGUCAAGGUGACAUUCAAUAAAUCAAUUAGAUUCAAUAGAAUAGUCGCUUUCGUUUCCGAUCAAUACCUGUUAACUGAUGAACAUUUGGUGUCGAUUCACUGGUAACAUAAGGUAUACUAUUCCAAUCAAUUUAAUACAGAGAUAUUACCGGACAUAUACAUUUUGCAUACAGCUUUCUAAAGUGUAUACUGCAUAUCGAAGCCUAAAUUUGUUAGAUAAAUAUAUGCUGUGCUAUUUCUUGAGUGAAGAUACUUGCAUAUAUACAUGUAUGUCAGAAUAAGAUUAAAUUGCAUAACAUUAUAUUGUAUUAAUUACUAAUGACUGACUAUUGUACCUCUUCUAAUUAUUGUCAAUUUACUGCCAAGACUAAAAUGCAAUAGGGAUUUUAGACAGUAUAUCUAUUUUAUCUCUCCUAUUACCUUGUAUUGCCCAUAGAGGCAUUAACAUAAAUUGGAUCGAAGUUGUAAACUUCAGAUAAAGCUUGGAAUGCAAAUUGGUCAUAGUCAGUAUUUGACACUUUUGGAGUUAGAAGGUCAAAGAUCAAGGUCGUGGUGACAUUUGCUGGAAAAUUAUGAUCACUUUUGUAUCCGACUGUUUAAAAAGUUCAUAUUUGAAUUAUGACUAUGCAUCGGUAUUAGCUAUUUCAUAUCAUGGCGGGAACUCAUAUAAGCCACGACACUUUGUUAUGCAUCGAAAAUGCUCCAAUGCAUCUUCUGCUGUAGUGCCAAUGAGUUGAAAAGGGACGUUACGGUGAGUUUGAUCUCUUAAUUUUCCUUUUUAGAGGGUUAUAAAUGAGUUAUAACGGGAAAUGUAGUUCCACAUAGGAUUGAACAUCUGUGUUGCGUUUAAUGUUAAACUUCCGAAUAAAAAUCAAUACCUGAUCGUCUAUACCUUGCAUAACUUGCUGGAGCUUAACGUGAACAACUUAAACAUCUUUAUAUGUAUAUGUAUUUUCUCCAUGGUAACAUGUGGCUCCAUUGAUUGCCCGCCGUGUAUGUAUGUUUUCCUUGAAUUUAGCGCCGAUAUUCAUGAACGUUUAGAGUCUAAAAUAUAACUGAUUUUAGUUGUAACGAUUUUAUUAAUAUAUCAAGGAUAUUAAACAUGCUGAGACCCAGA